UAUUUUUUCCCAAGUCUGUCAUCGAGUUAAAAAAAAAAAGGAAAAAGAAGGAGAGAGAGAAAAAAAAUUGUCACGAGUUUAAUCGUGUUGUGAAGCAGUUCAGUGUUGUUUGAUUGUUGGAUAAACAUUACACUUCUCAAGAGAUGGUUCACGUUGAGUAAGGACAGAGGUCUUCAGUUUUGUUUAAUCUACAGUUUUACAAAAGGAACGUUUACUGUUGUCCACAGCAUGUGUAAAUAUUCGUGAGUAAGUGGGGAGCACACUGUUGAGAUAUCAGGUGUACAGAGAUCGAGGAAGGAUCUCUUCGGUUAUCGUCUUGUCUGUCCACACAGUUACUGGAGUGUGAGCAUUAUGGAAAUAUUCAAAUAAUUUUCUUGGAUAAUGUGGUUCCAGUAAAUGAUGACAGGCCAUGUCUGUGAAAAGUUACAGCACACUGAGUGAGAAGAGUUACAAGUCACAGAGCAGCACCAACUCCAACAGCACGCGCUCGUUUGUCCCCAACAACAAGAAUGUCGGCUACGGCAGCAAGUUUCACGGUAGCUCUGCCUGGUGGAGUGUGGGGGAGUACCUCAACCCCGGGCUCACCCACCAGAGUGUGGGUCUGUCCCUAGCCCACCACACCAGCGACGAUGAUGUCUGGGAUUUGUCUGAUUCCCUGGCGGAUCUGUAUGCGGAGUUGAAUAAUCGAGAACAGAAAGCAGCGAAUCGGAUUCCUGGAAAAGCAAAUCUUGAUAUAAACCAUAAGAUUGAUGUGAAGAACUGGAUAGCAAAGGACACAAGCCAUGGAUUUAUUCGAAUAUUUAACUCAGAGUCGGAGGAAAACUCUAAACUUUACCCAUCCACCUUGUCGACAACAGCACAGAAGAUUUGUUCCACUCUUGGAAUACCGAGUAACUCGCUGCACAUUCAACUGAACGGAGAUAUUAUCCGGCGACUGGAGCCCUUCGACUGUCCCCUGGCCAUUCAGAACGAGUUCCUGACAGGGAUAGGAUACACUGACAUACUGAGGGUACAGGAAGAGGGCUCCAAGUUACAUCUGUGCUUUCUCAUCAGGUUCUAUGCAGGAAAGCCCAUCUCUGACAGCACAUAUUCCCGGAAUCAGUUGACAACGUAUGCCUAUAUCCGGAAAGGAAAGCUGCUACACCAAUGGGUGCGGAGAUACUGCAUUAUUUCUGGAACACGUCUGCUCAUUUACAGAGACAAAAAUGCAAAUCCUACAAUUGUACAGCUUGCCAAAGGAUCAGUGGAAGAGGUCCAGGUCAAAGGUCAAGGUAACGUCUUGAAGCUGACCUCGACCUUGCAGGGGGAACGAUCUAUAUAUAUAUCCUUCAUUGAUGUGUCAGACUACAACAAGUGGCUCAAGAAAGCCAAGAAGGCAACAUCAAAACUGCCUACCAAAGCUGACCUGUCCAACUGCCAUCUUGAAUUUCUACCCGAGACCGUCUUCAUCAAUGAUGAUCUGCAGAUUCUGAUUUUGAGACACAAUGCUCUCAAAGAACGGCCAAUUGAAGAAGACAUCUACACCAUCGGAUGGCUUGAUGAUUUGCCAAGAUUCCUGCACUUGACCAGCCUGAACCUGGCAGACAACAGCUUGUAUAUUUUCCCUCAGUCAGUGUGCCGAAUUCGCACUCUGGUCGAGCUGAACAUGGCAAGCAAUAAACUGGAGGACAUUCCUGUCCAGAUUGCAGACCUUGUCCAUCUUCAAGCCCUCCAUUUGCACAACAAUCGGCUUGCUUCACUUCCAGAAGAAAUAGGGACCAUGAAAAGACUGUUGGUAGUGGUGCUGGCUUUCAACCGAUUCACCACGGUUCCCAACGCAUUGCUGUCCCAAAAUGCAUCAUUCAAAAUGGACAGUGUCAUCAUGGCUGGCAAUCAGAUUGAGAGACUGCCAAUGGACAAUCUCAGUCACAUGAAACACAUUAAAAAGAUUGAUCUCCGGAUGAAUAAACUUGAACUGUUGCCAACGGAAACUGCCAAAUUUCAUUCCUUGGAUCACGUGACUCAUCUUGAUAUCCGUGACAACCACAUAGUGGAUCUGGAUAUCCGUGCAAUUCGGUGUUUGGAAUAUUUGAACUGUGAGCGCAGUGGUCUCAGAAGCCUGCAGAUCAAUGGAAGCGCUUUGAAAAAUGUUUUCGCUUCACACAAUAACAUCCAGUCUCUGUCUGUGAAUCCUAAACCAGAGUGGCUUAUUAGUAUGGAUGUCUCACACAACAAACUCACUCAAGUUCCCAACUGGCUGGGUGAUUGUUUCUUUCUGGUUCGACUCGACAUUAGUCACAACUGUCUUGACAUGCUUCCAGAUAGAAUCAUGACAGAUUCUCGAAAACUGAAAAUCCUGCGUGCAGACCACAACCGCCUGAAGGUACUGCCUAGCGACAUCCACCACUGCAUAAUUGAAGAGUUACACCUAGAACAUAAUGAGAUCAGCGACCUGCCGCCAGAACUCUUCAUCAAAGCCACCAAAUUGCGGUAUCUGAACUUGACACGGAACAACAUCACGGAUUUGCCGACUCCGAACCGGAAUGACUCGUACAAUAAGAUACAGGAGCUAUACCUCAUGUCCAACAACCUGAAUAACAAGGCUGUCCGCAAGAUCUGCUGCUUCCCACGACUUCGAGUGCUGCAUCUCGCUAACAACAACAUAUCAGAGCUAGUUGACAAAGAUUUUGAAAAACUUGAACAGCUACAAGAAUUGAAUAUUUCCUUCAACAAUCUUCGUCGUCUUCCUGCCUGUCUUGGCCGCCAUCCUAAACUCCAGUCCUUGCGGGUGAACUGCAAUCUGCUGCAUGAGUUGCCUAACUUUAAAGACUCUUCAUGUCUGAAGGUUCUGGAAGUGGGCACGAACCAUCUCGAGAACAUCAGCAUGGGAAACCUGAUGACCUCUAAGGUCAACCUUCUGGACAUCUCGGGAAACCCAAAUAUUCUGGUCAACACUCAGGAACUGGAUGGAGUCAAGCAUUCAAAGCGAGUGUGUAUGAUUGACAUGCGAGGUCAGAACCGGUCCCUGGAGAACCUGAAUUCUAUCAGCAAUGCUGAGAUGAGUUGGCAGAGUGGAUUUUCUCACACAUCCGGAAUGAGAAACAAACUGUCUGUGGCCAUGUUGAACCGCACACACUUCAGCGAGUCUGGAGAUGCGUUGUUUGGAGUGUUUGACGGAGGACGCAAUGAUGAGAUUGCAAAACUCUUAGCAGAAGGGCUGCCCUCCAUCUUACAGGAAGAACAAUCCCAGAAUCCCUCCUCGGAGAUCUUCAUGAAGUACACACUGCUGUCUGCCCACAGAAAUUUGAAGUCUGUUGGUCAGAAACUAGGAGCAGCAGCUGCUGUUGUUCACAUCAAGAAGACGCAGAAUGCCGAUGGUCACAUCUUGACUGUAGCCAAUGUCGGUGACACCGAGGUCAUUCUCGCGAGACAUGGCGAGGCUGUCUGUCUGUCUCGAAUCUUUCUGGUUUCUCAGAACUCAGAAGAAUGUCAAAGAAUAAUCAAGGCUGAUGGUAUUAUAACAGAGGAUGGCAGAGUAAGCGGUGUCACGUUCAACACCCGUCUUCUUGGUUGUGGUUACCUCUACCCUCAAGUAAUUCCAAAUCCCCAUGUCGUGUCACUGACCUUGACCCCAGAAGAUCAGCUCAUCAUCAUAGCCAAUCAGGGACUGUGGAGGUAUGUCUCGUACCAGGAGGCCGUGAAGGAGAUAGUCGACAUCCCCGAUCCCGUGAUAGCGGCCAAGCGUCUCCAGGACCUGGCCCAGGGCUGCGGGUCGAGAGAGAACAUCGGAAUACUUGUUGUCAGGCUCCUUCUGUCAGAAGGAGAACGCUUCCGCAUGCAAGAAAUACUGAGGUCACAGUUCGAAGGUCAGAAACAGCUUCUAGAGACCCUAAAGCAGAAGACGAACCUGACACAGCUUCACGACGUCAUCCCGGCCGUGUCGGAAUUCGGCGGGAUUGUCAUAGAUAAGACUGGCCGAGUGCGGAAGCAGUCAAAGGAGUGCAUACGUCCUAGCUUGAGCGUGAAGCCCACACCAAAUCCGAACAACAAAUACCGAAAGAAGAACGAGCCGCUGGACUGGGAGGCCAUCCUGCAGAGACGUCUGGCUGAAGAGGUCAAGGACAAACAGAUGAAGCAAGCAUUUGGCCUUGAUGACGAGGACAAUCCUGACAAUCCCAAUGAGCCCACGAGCAACUGGUCCACAUUGGACAAGCGGAAAGAAGGAACACAGUCGGAGAGCAAUGUGAUGAACAGGAGGGCAAUGGUGGCACCUAUGGUGCGUCCACCACAACCACCACCACUGCCCAACGUUAUUAUCCACAGAUCUGUAUCCUCGGAUACGAUAGAGUCAUUCGACGAAUUUACCCGACAGCCAGUCAUCACUCAAAACAUUGACCGGGAUGCAAUUCUCUUUCACCAGAUGCAGAUGGCUCGUGCCCAUAGCUUGAGCAGCAGCAGUCUUGACUCGACUCAGUCUGACCCAUUGUACGCAUCCGUCAGAGAGGUCUACAAUGGACCCAGAGCUCCGUCGCGCAGUAUUGAAGUCUUGGUUCAUUCCUCGGAUGGCCAGGACCAGAUUGUGUUACCUUCUCGCAUCCACAGGCGGCCCGAGAGAAACAGUGGUGCCCAGCUGCAGGUGAUGCAGGAGAAGCAGGACCCCAGUGAAUUGGAUGAGAGUGAGAUUGAAGCAAUUGAGACUGACAUCAUGGAGAACUUCCACAUUAGCAUUGAGGACUUGUACGCGCGUGUGAUGAAGAAGAAACAGAAUGACAUGGAUAAGGACCCCAGUCGAGUGAAUCUUGUCAAGUUUACAGAAUCGGGGGAAGUUGGACCCACCGUGGAGGAAAUGUAUGCAAAAAUUGACAGAAGUCAGAGAAAGAAAUCCGUAUUCCCGUCGACCAGUGUUUUCACCGGGUCGUCCACCAGCAUGGAUGAGCCGAGUAGGAUACAGAAUGGGGGAGGCUCCCUUUCCCUUGCUGAGUACAGUUUUAAUAACCACAGGAACCAGUCCCCUACCCCUCCUCCAGUCAUCAUAAACAGGACAGCCAGCCAGCAGAGCAUCAUUAUUACAUAUUUGUGAUUCCAGCAGUGUUCAACAAAUGUUUGAGAAAGUCACUAGUCCUCACAGUAGCUUUGGCCAGUGCUCUAUGUAUUAUGGGAAUACAGGUGAUAUUUUCCACUAGCUCAGACCAAAAAUUCACUAGCUGGGACCAAGGGCUAGUGGAUUUGUCAAACCGUGGGGAAAGGUUACAUCAUUACAGCUUCCAGUGGAUAAAAUUUUGAACAGGGUGUGGUGAGGGUGGGUGGUGGUGUGACUAUAAAUAGUGAUUUAAUAUUUAGUAACUGGAGUAAGGGAAAAUCAGGUUGUCAUCCCCCAUCUCAAAGAACCAUGACGUCGCCAUUGUAUGGUAAAUCGAAUGUACUGUAAGCAACUUGCAUUGGUAAGAUAAAUGAAUAAAUGAAUGAAUGAAUGAAUGAAUGAUAGUGUAAUGAGUACCAAUUCUAUUUCAAUGUAUUGCCCAAUACCAAAGUUGAAAUAAUCUGGUGUUGGCAAACAGAGAUAAGAAUUAUAUAAUAUCAAUAACAACAACAACAAGCCAGACAGAGACACAAAAUUUAUAUUUGUAGUACAAUACCAGCAAAAGGGCAUUUUUGACAGGGCUGUACAUAGUGUGUGUGUGUGUGGGGGGGGGGGGGGGGAGACAAGAGGGACAGUUGCCAUCCCAGAAAAUUAAAAAAAGUUCUUGGUGUAGUUUAAUAUUGAGAUUUGCAUUAUUGUUGUGCUCUGAUUCGAUAUUUACUGCCCCUCCACCCCCCUCUCCCAUCAUUUUGGACAUCCAGGUUUCAGAUGUACAUGUAUGUUAUUGGUACAGCUUUGAAUAAUUUAAUAUUUAUUAUUAUGUACCCAAAUUUUGGCAAAAAAGACAAGAGACUAAUUUGGUUAAAGGAAACACCAGCUCCGACAUUUGUUUAACACAAUACAUAGAGGUCAUUAUACCAAAGUGUGAAUUCUGUAUGAAACUUAUUAUAUAUGGCAUAUUUACCAAUUAUUUUAUUUAAAAGUGAGGGGGAACAAUGCAAUUCUGAGACAAGUUUCGUAAAUUUGUUACAGCACUCAUAUUAAGGUGAUCAUUUAAUUAUUGUUACAAAUGGAGAUGCCUAAAACCAUAAAAAUAUUAUUUCUUUGAUUGUGAAAGUCUUGAGAGAUCUGAAAACCUUACAGUUGUACAUUUCCACAUUCUUGUAACCUAUAAACCUUAAUAAUGCAGAGAUAAAAAUACUUUCAAUAUUGUGAAUUUCAGGAUCGUAGUCCUAUUCCAAAACUGUUUCUGUCUUUGUUCUUGGAUGAAAGUACAUUGAAUCACAACUAGCCCCUGACUCUUCAAGUGAAUGCAAAAUUUUCUGGACGUUUGUUUUCAAUGCCAUUUUCAUUCUUUCCAGUGUCAUUUUCACUUGUGUGUGAAUGAAUUUGUUGCAAUAUGUGUCUCAGUAUGAUGAUAAUUUUUAUUCAGAUUUUUAAAACACAUAUAUUAAAUAAUAUUAUUAUUAUACAAUACAUAGUGAACAUUACAAUUUCCAUUAAAACACACAGUUAUUAAUUAAUACAAAAAUAUACAUGUAUAUAUAUAUAUUACAUCUGAAGUACUCAACCGAUAUAUUCUCACUUUUGUCUUACUUUAUUAGCUUUUACUGUGGGGUAAAGAUCAAGAAAAUAUAAUUCAAUCUACAUAUAUGAGCUAAACAUGAAAUAUAAUUUUGUUACAGGAAGUCUUUUUUUUCAUUCUACAAAUAUGUAUACGAUUUGUUUUAUUAACACUUAUCCUGCCACAUUCUUUUUGCUAAAUUUGAAGAAUUUUCACCUGUUCUACAUUUCUAGUAAUUUUAUUAUAAUCCAUGGGCAUUUUAACAUGAAAUUACACCCAUAUAUACCAUAAUGAUCCACCUACGUAAUUAUAGCAUUUUGUAGAUGGUUAUUUUAUUUAUGUUACCAUGGCAACAGCUAACAUGUAACAAUUAAAUUACAAUACAAUAUUGUACUUUCAUGCUAUUGAUGUUUUAUUUCCUGAUAAAUAUAAAAUUGCAAUAAAUAUUUAUUUUCUUCUGUGUAUAUACAAUUCAAGAACAUAUGUAUAUAUUUAUGGUAUAUGGCACCAAAAGCAUCAUAUCAGAACUAGAGAUAAAAUAUCUUGUAUGCUUUAGGAACUGGGUAUAUGCUUGUAAAUGGGAGAAGGGUAGAGGGCAACAAUUUCUAUCUAUGUAAUGUAUUAUACUGUCUUUAAAUCAGUUUUAAAGUACUCAUACCUUGUCUAAAUGAUGACAUUUUAUGCCAGUCUCUUUCAUUUGUAGUUAGUUGUGAAUUUACUGGUUCAAUCAUAUCAUUGUUACCAUAACUCAUUUGGUUCAAGACUGGAUUCAGUACCAUGACUAUACUGGUAUGCUAAAACUUCAGCUGGAUGUAAGUGGAAAAUACUAGAAAAAUAUACUGUGAAACCCCUUUAAACCGGACACCCUUGGGUUCAAGACAAAUGUCUGGUUUUAACAGGUAUCUGGUUUAGAGAAGUUAAGUUCUGUUAUGGUUUUGAGAAAGGGACUCUAUAAAACGUCCGGUUUUGAGGGAAUUUCAGUUUACAGAGGGUCCGGUCUUGAGAGGUUUCACUGUAGUUCCAUGUGUUUUGGAACAAUAAAUAUGUCUGUCUGGAUACCAGUAAAUCACAUUUGAUAAUAAACAAUUCUUCAUUUAGAUUUUUUAAAUAUUAUUAUUAAUGAUGAUAAUAAAUACACAAAUAAUCAUUCACCAGUAUGAAUAAUUAUAAAUAUUUUUUUUAAGCAUAUGAAAUGUGACAUACCUAUUCAGAAAUAUUCUAAAGUUCUAACUAGAAUUCUGGGCAAAUAUAGAUUAUUCUUUAUAUGCCAGAAUUUGAUUUAUAACUGUAAGAAAACACUAUUUAAUCUGGCAGUACAUUUUGAUAGUUUCCCUUUAAUACAGUUUUAAGUCCACUUCACAUAGCUUGUCCAUUAUAAUCCUUCGAUGUUGGGAAGUCACAUUUAAAAGGGGAUGGAUUAAUGAAAUCCUACUGGUGCUAUUUUUUAAUUACCUAAUACAGAUUUCAUAAGAUGUAACAACUUUAAAAGUUGUAAGAUUUAUUGUUGUUUUAUCAUUCAAAUGCAUUGUAAAUAUGCUCAUUUGUAAACAUCUUUGUGAUAUAUGGCAAUAAAACUUUUACAUAUC